CUCACCAACCAAGAAUUUUACAGUCUGAUGCUGUCAAAAAAGUUGCUGCAAACACAGAUGUUUCUGCAAUGUGGGAGAAUGAUUUGCGCCCUAUGCUGAUAGAACGAUACUCAGGAUCACCAGGAAAUUAUAUCGUACGACAGCAUAUCAAGCACCGUCUUCAAAGGUUACGGGCCGGCUGGGAAAUUGCAGAAGACACGUUUCAGAGGUACACACCAUAUGGAUACCAAACAUUUUCAAAUAUCAUCAGCACUCUCGACCCCUCUGCAAAACGCCACCUGGUUCUAGCUUGCCACUACGACUCAAAGUUCUUUGGACAACAAUGGCAGGAGAGAGCGUUUGUAGGAGCAACUGAUUCAGCCGUGCCUUGUGCUAUGAUUUUGGAGCUGGCACGUGCCCUGGAUAACCAGCUUCAGCUAAUCAAGACCAGCUCAGCAUCAAGACCAGACCUUUCACUUCAGCUCAUUUUUUUUGAUGGUGAAGAAGCCUUUGUCCAGUGGUCCCCUUCUGAUUCCCUCUAUGGAUCUCAACACUUAGCUCAGAAAAUGGUAUCUACUCCUCAUCCACCUGGUUCAACAACCACAAAUCAGCUGCAGGGCAUAGACCUGCUUGUACUACUGGAUUUAAUUGGUGCACCAAACCCUGUCUUUCCCAAUUAUUUUCCAAACACCAGUCGAUGGUUUCAGAGGCUUCAAGCAAUUGAGCAAGAGCUGCACAACAUGAAUCUAUUGAAGAAUCACCACAUUGAAAAGCAGUAUUUCCAGGCUACUUUCUAUCGAGGCUUGGUUGAAGAUGACCACGUUCCUUUUCUAUUAAGAGGGGUUCCAGUCCUGCAUCUGAUUCCGUCCCCUUUUCCAGCAGUAUGGCACACCAUGGAGGACACAGAAGAAAACCUUGACAAAACCACUAUCGACAACCUCAGCAAAAUCCUGCAAGUGUUUGUACUGGAAUAUCUAAACCUGUGAGAGACAAAAUGACAACAGGUCAUACUCCUUUCUAAACACUGUUCGUCCAUCUUCACAUUUGCUAUUUAAUUGCAUUGGAGAGACUAAAGUGAAG